GGGCUUGUAGUUCUGGUCUGUACGGCGAGAGCGGUAAUUGCUUGCCCACCCCGAGGAUGUUAGGCGUAGUCUCCUAGCUCCUGGGAGAGUGGAACUGCUUUGGGCUCCUGGCUCCCGCCGUAGCAGCCGCCGCCCAUCCCUCUUUGUGUGCAUCGGGAAGCCGUGGAGCUAGUGCUGGCGACAAUCGGCGUUGGGGACUUAAGCGAGGGACGUUACCGGGAAGUUGCAGGCUGGAGGAUUCUUCCUCACCCGCCACCUGACAGGUCACAAACAUGUCGGACAAAAGUGAACUAAAGGCUGAGUUGGAACGGAAGAAGCAGCGGUUGGCCCAAAUCAGAGAAGAAAAGAAGAGAAAAGAAGAAGAAAGGAAAAAAAAAGAAACAGAUCAGAAGAAGGAAGCUAUUGUUCCUGUGCAAGAGGAAUCAGAUCUUGAAAAGAAAAGAAGAGAAGCUGAAGCAUUGCUCCAAAGCAUGGGACUGACUCCAGAAUCCCCCAUUGUCCCUCCUCCUAUGUCUCCAUCCUCCAAAUCUGUGAGCACGCCAAGCGAAGCUGGGAGCCAAGACUCUGGAGAUGGCGCCGUGGGAUCUAGGACGCUGCAUUGGGAUACAGAUCCAUCAGUUCUUCAGCUUCACUCAGAUUCCGAUUUGGGGCGAGGCCCUAUUAAACUUGGAAUGGCUAAAAUUACACAAGUUGACUUUCCUCCGCGAGAGAUUGUGACCUAUACAAAGGAAACUCAAACUCCUGUAAUGGCCCAACCCAAAGAAGAUGAAGAGGAAGAAGAUGAUGUAGUGACUCCCAAACCACCUAUUGAACCUGAGGAAGAGAAAACCUUGAAAAAAGAUGAAGAAAGUGAUAAUAAAGCUCCUCCUCAUGAGCUAACUGAAGAAGAAAAGCAACAAAUUUUACACUCUGAGGAAUUUUUAAGUUUCUUUGACCAUUCUACAAGAAUUGUAGAAAGAGCUCUUUCUGAGCAGAUUAACAUCUUUUUUGACUAUAGUGGAAGAGAUUUGGAAGACAAAGAAGGAGAGAUUCAAGCAGGUGCUAAACUGUCACUAAAUCGACAAUUUUUUGACGAACGUUGGUCAAAACAUCGGGUCGUUAGUUGUUUGGAUUGGUCGUCUCAGUAUCCAGAGUUACUCGUGGCUUCUUACAAUAACAAUGAAGAUGCACCUCAUGAGCCUGAUGGUGUGGCCCUUGUGUGGAAUAUGAAAUACAAAAAAACUACCCCAGAGUAUGUGUUUCACUGCCAGUCUGCUGUGAUGUCAGCUACAUUUGCAAAAUUUCAUCCAAAUCUUGUUGUUGGUGGCACAUAUUCUGGCCAAAUUGUACUUUGGGAUAACCGUAGCAAUAAAAGAACUCCAGUGCAGAGAACUCCACUGUCAGCUGCUGCACACACACACCCUGUAUAUUGUGUAAAUGUUGUUGGAACACAAAAUGCUCACAAUCUGAUUAGCAUCUCUACUGAUGGAAAAAUUUGUUCUUGGAGCCUGGACAUGCUUUCUCAUCCACAGGAUAGCAUGGAGUUGGUUCAUAAACAGUCAAAGGCAGUAGCUGUGACAUCUAUGUCCUUCCCUGUUGGAGAUGUCAACAACUUUGUUGUUGGGAGUGAAGAAGGUUCUGUGUACACAGCAUGCCGCCAUGGCAGCAAAGCUGGAAUCAGUGAGAUGUUUGAGGGGCAUCAAGGACCAAUCACUGGCAUCCAUUGUCACGCAGCUGUGGGAGCAGUUGACUUCUCACAUCUCUUUGUCACGUCAUCAUUUGACUGGACGGUAAAACUUUGGACAACUAAGAAUAACAAGCCUUUGUACUCAUUUGAAGAUAAUUCGGACUAUGUUUAUGAUGUUAUGUGGUCACCCACCCACCCAGCCCUGUUUGCCUGCGUGGAUGGCAUGGGGAGACUGGAUUUGUGGAAUCUCAAUAAUGACACAGAGCAGAUUGCUGUCCCCCGCAAUGACGAAUGGGCACGGUUCGGCCGGACACUCGCAGAAAUUAAUGCAAACCGAGCUGAUGCAGAGGAGGAAGCUGCCGCCCGAAUACCUGCCUAGUUCCUGAAAAGAGGAGGGUAGCCUUAAUGGAUUUGGGGAAGACUCUUAAGUAGAUCCUAAGACCAUUUGCAUGCUUCUGUCUAAAUGAUAACUAAAGGAAACUUCGUGGAUUAAACUGUGGAUGUAAUGCAGCAAAGCAAACCUCACAAUGUUCCUUUUUAUAUAACGAGCAUCUUGUUUUGGAUUUGUGUCAUUUUUAAUACAGCUGAUUAACUUUACAGAGUGCAGCUUUUCUGAAUUCUAAUACACAGGUGUAUAUUUGGUAUUAGUUACUCUUUUGAAUUCUUUUCAAACACUAUAUACAGUUAUUUCUAAAGCACAGAUUAAAUAAGUUCUGAAUAUAUUUUGAAUAAUCACAAUUUCCUGUUAUAAUGUUCUCACUAGCCAUAAUGUGUAGGAGGAAGUGUUUAUUCUUAGCAUGUGUAACACCUAUCCAAGUUCCAUUCUAACAUCCUUUUCAGCUUUAUAAUUCAUGUGGUAGUUAUCUAUAAAUAAAAAUAAAUAUGUGUUAACUUUUCAAA